AUGUACGAGAAAAGAAAUAGGAGAAUGGGGAAAUGGAUGGGACUCGGGACAAAGGUCAUUGAGAAGGGAACGAGAAAGAAAGAUGAAGGGAAGGAGAUGGACGAAAUGAUCCAGGUCACGUCGCCUAAGAUGUAUAUAGCAGUGACGCACCCGAUCAAAUAUGCAAAGCAUAAGAACAGCAGUCGGGUGGUGAUGACUAUCGCAUUAGUCUGGGUGAUCUCAGCAGCAAUCGGAUCUCCGAUCGUCCUAGGGCUCAACUACACUCCAAAUCGAGAACUUAACAUCUGCGCCUUCUAUAAUUCCGAUUUCAUCAUCUACUCCUCUCUCUCCUCCUUUUACAUCCCCUGCAUCAUCAUGGUCUUUCUCUAUUGGAGGAUCUUCAAGGCGAUCCGAGAGCGAGCUCGAAAGAGCCUGGCAGCAAGGAAAUCCCGAGCACUUGUGAUCGAAAAUGCGGCUCACAAGGGAAAGCACCUCGCCAACGAAUCCCGGUCUGCGCUGGACAAAACUCCUUCCCAGCCAGACGGAAGUGGAAGCCAGGACGAGGAAGAAGAAGAGGAAGAAGACGAGCACGUGAUCGUGAACGAGGCUGCAUGCACCGAAUUCAUCCCCAUGGCACAAGUCAAUCAUCAUCCUCGAGGAGAAAAGGGUGAAGGAGUGGGGAAAGGGAGAAAUGGAGGCACUCUGGAUUCUGGAGUUGGGGCAUCGGAAGGAGGAAAACGGGAUUCAAGUCCCAGUCCGGACACCUCACUCUUACCACCCAAGCUUCCCCCUUCAACUGUGCAGGGAAGAAGCAAAAGCCCCCUGGGAUUAAAAAAGAGACCAGGAAGUCCUGGUUCACCUGCUGGGAGAUUCACAAUCUACAAAGUCCACAACGCUAGCAAGAGGAAACGGGAAAAAUCUUCGGCCAAGAAAGAAAAAAAGGCGACGAAGACCUUAGCCAUAGUUCUAGUUGUCUUUCUGUUGUGCUGGGUGCCAUUCUUCACGUGCAACAUCCUGGAUGCGAUCUCGAUCAAAUUGGAAGCAGAUUGGAGCCCAGGGGUGACGUUGUUUCUUCUCACCACUUGGCUUGGCUACAUCAAUUCCUUCGUAAACCCCAUCAUCUAUACCAUCUUCAAUCCAGAAUUCCGAAAAGCCUUCAAAAAAAUCCUCUCCGAACCCUGCAAGUAA